CUAAUUUUGAUUAUUAAAACGAUAAAAUCUACACCAUAAUAUAUCGGUAUGGUUUUCCCCAUAUAUAUAGAUUAUUUGAACUUUUUACGCUUUCAGUUAGGUUAUUUUUUUGGUUACGGUAUGCUCUUGGAUGUAUAUAUAUAUACAAUAAUAAAUUUACAGGUACGCCUAAUAAAAUAUAUGCCUAUAAUAUUUUUUUUAAUUUUAAAACUAAAGGUUAUUCAUGUGAUAUUGUAAUUCCUAUGGAUAUUUCGGUACAAUUGGCAUCGUACUCAUCGUACCAUCGUACCCAUCGUACCAUCGUACUCGUACAUAAUUAAUAAUACCACUUAUUAUAUCAUAUCGUACC